AUGAGUCAAAUUCGAAAUGAAAUUUUAUAUACUUAUUCAAAUAAAGAAAUUGAAGAUAAUGAAUUAUAUUAUAUAGAUAAUGAAUCAGAUAUACAAGUUAGUGAUAAUGAAGAUGAAAUUAAUUUUAGAAAUAAUAUUAAUAAUAAUAAUAAAGUUAAUAUAGAAAAUAAAACUAAUAAUGACAAAGGUCAAAAUUUUGAAGAACAAAGAUAA